AUGCUCAUCAAAUCUGACCCGGGUGGUGCGGCAGUCAAUGGGUCGUUAUUUGUUACGUUCUUGAUUACAUUUCUGCUCAUCACUUUCUCUGUUCCUGCGUCAAAGUCCUUCAUCCGGCUGACCGGAGUCUUGGCUCUCGCGAGCUUGACUUACGCGCUCCAGCUCGCGUCUUUCAGAAGGUGGGAUGGCAGCUGGGAACCGGAUGCCCGCACCGAGAGCAUAGCUGGGUUCGCCCCAUCUUCCGCCUCUCCCGCGGCCCGAACGUACGAAUCUCUGAUGCUGCUUUGGAAGCUCAGACGAAUCGGCACGAGGUGGCAGGUCAGAAAUGUUCCUGGAUUACAACAACGGUCUCCACACCCCCCAGAGAGCCGGGUCGCAUUCAUCUUGAAACGAUCUCUCAAGAUCCUGGUUGCCUACCAGGUGCUUAGCCUCAUGACGCAGGCCCCGCCUCCGGACCCGAAUUUUGUCGGUCGCGACAAACAAGCGCUGGCGUUUCAGGGUCUCGUCAGGCUGUCGCAAGCGGACAUCACUUUCCGCAUCAUUGGGACCCUGUCGUUCUGGGCCUGCACGGCUCUCAUAAACCUACUCAUGUUCGAAAUUGCUUGCCUCGGAUUCGUUGUCGUUUUUCUAUGCAAGGUCGAGGACUGUCCUCCACUCUAUGGGGAUUUCUCAUCUGCCUCAACCAUUAGGGGCUUCUGGGGGUAA